CUAACGAAAAAAUAAUGUCAAAAACUUAAUUUGCGAUAAGUCUGUGUGAUUGUAAUUUUACUCUACUGAUAUUAUUUCGUCAGAGUUCUGUUUAACAAUUAAGACUAUCUAAUGAGGAGCUGCGUUAUCAUCAUAAAAUAAUGCACCGUUACUUCUAACAUGGAAGACAAAGGAACUAUGAGUCAACAUUGGAUUGAAUUCAGUUAUGUAGUUAGAGAAAUAUAAAUAUAGCUAGGAAAAAGAUUGGCAAAAUGAUGACUUCAGAGGAAUCUGAUUCUCUGAGCACCGUGCCUUCGGACGGGCAUCCUGAAGAUGCAUCAGGUGCAGAAGAGCCUCCGUCAUCAAUGGUAUCCAGUGAAGCAGAAUCAGAAGGCAGUGCUUUAUCUGAAGCGGCUCGGCACGAUCUCUCUCAACCGGAUGCCAGUUCAGCCACAGAUGGUUCCACGACAGAUCCUGCUCACAGCUUGGCAGAUAAACCAGCUAAUUCAUCAGAUUGGAGAAGCAUUGGAGGCCUGUCAUCAUUGAUCUCCACUAGAGGUCAAAUGCUUCCUUGGGGUCCACACAAGGGCCCCAUAGUGCCGCCGUCUGAUACAGACUUGAGGCCCGGGGAGUUCGUCAUGAGGUUGCUAUUUACCGAGUUCACUGUGCAGGCUGAGCGUAAAAUGGAAGCAGUUAUGGCUGAGCCACUGGAAAAGCCACUGAACAAAACGCUGCAACGAGGCGAGGAUCCCCAGCUUGACCAGAUACUAAGCGCCUUUGGCACGGUGGCGGAACACUGCCUCCCUUCACUCCUGCGGGCGUUGUUCGGCUGGCUCGAGCGGCAGAUGGCCGACUCGCCGCAGCUCAGCGAACAAGCCAAGAAACCACAUCAGGAUCUUAGGAAUAAAAGCAUUAUCUACAUAGUAUCCGGCAGCACAGCCGGGGCAGAGACCACGGAGAGAAGCUGUGAAGAAUUGCAAGCGGAGCGCAGAGACUUGGCUGUGGAGUUCUUGUUCUGUUUGGCCCUGAUUGAGGUCCUAAAGCAGCUGCCUUUCCAUCCAGGGCAUGAAGAUUUGGUGCAUUACAUAGAGAAUGUGGCGUUCAAAAGGUUUAAUUAUAAAGAAGGGCUCCAGUCCAAUCCGAAUGCAGCAAAUGUGCACAUUAUCGCAGACUUGUAUGCGGAAGUCAUCGGUGUCUUAGCUCAGUCCAGAUUUGCAUCGGUGCGGAAGCGCUUCACAGCUGAACUAAAGGAGCUGAAAAGCCGCGAGCCAUCUCCGCACACCACGCAAAGCAUCAUAUCCCUUCUCAUGGGGAUGAAAUUCUUUCGAGUGAAAAUGGUCCCUAUCGAAGAGUUCGAAGCCUCAUUUCAGUUCCUGCAGGAGUGCGCGCAGUACUUCCUGGAGGCGAAGGAUAAGGAUAUAAGGCACGCGCUCGCUGGACUGUUUGUGGAGAUUCUGGUGCCAGUCGCUGCGACCGUCAAAAACGAAGUGAACGUCCCCUGCCUUAAGAAUUUCGUCGAGAUGCUGUACAGCCACACCCUCGACGCCAGCACCAAGUCCAAACAUCGCCUUGCUCUGUUCCCGCUGGUCACGUGCUUGCUCUGUGUGUCGCAGAAACAGUUUUUUCUUGCUAACUGGCAUUGUUUCCUAGCAAUGUGCCUGUCGCAUUUGAAGAAUAGGGACCCUAAGAUGUGCAGGGUCGCUUUAGAAUCGUUAUUCCGGUUACUAUGGGUCUACAUGAUAAGAAUCAAAUGUGAGAGUAACUCCGCGACGCAGUCCCGUCUUCAAAGCAUCGUCAACUCGCUAUUUCCAAAGGGUUCGAAGGGCGUCGUUCCACGAGACACUCCCCUAAACAUUUUCGUCAAAAUCAUUCAGUUCAUUGCGCAAGAGAGGCUGGACUUUGCAAUGAGGGAGAUAGUCUUCGAUUUGCUAAUGGUCGGGCGACCGAUCAAGAUAAUACUUACUCCUGAGAGGAUGUCCAUAGGUUUGCGAGCGUUCCUCGUAGUUGCAGAUAGUUUGCAGCAAAAAGAAGGGGAACCUCCUAUGCCCAGAACAGCCGGGACUUUGCCCUCAGGGAAUACAUUGAGAGUGAAGAAGACAUUUCUGAACAAAAUGUUGACAGACGAAACGGCUAGGUCGAUAGGGAUGAGCGCUUACUUCCCGUUUGUUAGGCGAGUGUUAGUGGAGAUCCUUCGGGCUUUGGACGCGCAUUACGGAAGGCCACUGAUGCUGACGAACACGCAGAAUGUAACCAAAGAGCAGGAGAUCAAUACGGGGGAGAGGAAGCCAAGGAUUGACUUGUUCCGCACCUGUGUUGCUGCUAUACCAAGACUGAUACCUGAAGCCAUGGGCCCCAGUGAGCUGGUUGACCUGUUGUGCCGGCUGACUGUCCACAUGGACGAAGAACUGCGAGGACUCUCCUUCCAGAGCCUUCAGACCCUCAUAGUGGACUUUCCAGAGUGGAGGCAGGAUGUAUUGGCCGGUUUUACUCAGUUCUUGGCUAAGGAAGUUCAGGACACAUCGCCACAAUUAGUUGAGAAAGGUCUUCGCAUGCUUCUCCAACUGCUCACCAGUUGGAAGAACGGUGAACCAACCGCUACCACAGUUCCAACCAAGACUGAACCACUGGCCUCUGUGAUCCGGGGGGUAGAAGCUCUGGGCCUAGUGAUGUUGUGUCAGUGCAAAGCAUACCCGAGGAGAUUGGCUGUUCAUGUUUUACUCGAAUGCAAAUACCUACUAGAGAAACUUCAGCUAACUCGCGAUGAGCCCGCCCUUAUAGACGCGGCGGACGCUCACGUUCCAUAUUUCGCUGAGAAAUGUCUGCCUUUAUUGCCGCCCGCUGAGAAACAAGCUAUAUUAGCGGCGGGACAGCCAGAUUUGGUCUGGAUAGCAGAGAGGAGCCACGCAGUUUGGACCGCAGGUAUUCAACACGAUGAAACGUCUUCAAAGAAUAGUUGGAGCGGGAGCGCAUCAAAUGGUGCAGAUCCUUGGGAAGUGGUGCUAUUCGGUCUUCUCGAGCGGAACCGCGUGCCGGCGCGAUGUCCCGCCACAGUACUGCAGGCGUGGCCGAUUCUACAUGCGCGAAUACACGCACUCUUCACCAUUAUAGAACCGGCGCCCGUGAACGACAACCGGGCGUCGCUUCUGUCUCGAAGCCCAGCGUUGCCGAGGAAACCAGAAAAAGAAAAAGAUAGCUAUAUGCAGGUGUGGAAGUACUACAUGACCAUGGCGUACCUCGUAGUCCCAGCUGUGCCCAGCCCAGUGAUCCGCUGUGCUAGCCCUGACCUCAGUCUCAGCACUGAGACGGAGGGGUGGCUCGGAUUGGCUGCCCUCAGUUCAUCGAGCGAGAGCCUCAACGCGCCCGGCGGCUUCUUCACGCUGCCCUUGAGCUAUGCGCGCGCGCACAGACAACACAAACGGACGAGUUCGUCUCCCGAUUCGCUGAGCGAGCGCAGCGGCGGGGAAGCCCGGGGUUCGCAAGCGUCGCCGGGAUCUCUUCAUAAGCUAGCGGUGCCCUUGGCCCGGUGCGAAGUGCCCGAGGUCCGGGACGCCGCCGUCAGUGCCUGCGGGAACAUCAAUCCGGAUGCAUUAAAAGAUCUGAUGGAAGAACUGGUGCCCCUUCUCCGGGAGGCAGUGGACAGGAAGCAGGAGAACAUGAGGAGACGACGACGGAGAGACGCACUGAGGCUGCAUCUGAAUAAGAUGCUGUUGCUUAUAGCACAGAAGAAGACAUUUGCCAACAGCCCAUUCACAUUGGAGAGUGGUAGUCUCCACCCGACGCUCACGGAAUAUCUCGACGGAGUGCGUCUGUGUCUCGAAGUGGAGGCGGAGAAAGAUGCCCCGGCCGCGAGGGAACAAAGACUUACAUUCGCAGACUUCGUCACAGAACUGAUCAAGAGCUUCCCGUUGGAAAUGUACGGGUCGCUGAUGAAGAAAGAAUUGUGUCGCAGUUUGUUCUCACUGUUCUCCGGCUGGUGCGGACCGCUGGUCAAAUAUCUGGGCAGUUUGGUGCCUCAGCCAGUCGUCUCCGAGAUAGACGAGAGACUCAACUUGUCUGCUCUCAACGCAAUGAGCGCGCUGGUAUGUUGCGGGCCCUGUUUCGCCCCGAGUGCUUUAGCGGAGGACGGCUCUCUAUAUCCCUGGCUCAGCGAAAUGCUCUCUUCUACCAACGAUAAGAUUUACGAGUUGGCACGUGAGACGAUAGUCCUCCUGCUGGACUGCAACCCAGACAUUGGGCCACUCCUGGACUGGACCGUGGACAAAUGCUUCACGGGUCCGCCACGCGUCGCUGACGGCUGCUUCAUGGCGCUCGCCACCAUUUUUAGUGCAAGGGAAUACCCGUGUGACCACUACACGGCCAUCAUCAACGUGACGCUCAUGUGCACCGGCUGCCCCAGGGCUCCGGUCCACGAGAGCGCCCUCCAGCUGCUCCAACUUCUGGACAAGAGGUUCUUCGGCACGGUCGGCCCUCUGCCGACUGACGAGGAAGGUGAUGAGAAAGGCCGAGGCACCCUGGACGCCCUGCUCUGCACGACGUACUGCCGCUCACAACUGUACCUCUCCAGGCAAUUGUCCCAGCUUCAUCCCGAGCUCACCAUGCCUAUGUUCUCAGAAAUCACGGAGCGGUUCCAGACGGCUCGCACGGAGGUCAGGCAGCUGCUUCUCCAGUAUCUGUACCCGUGGCUCGUGAACAUCGAACUGGUUGACCCCAACGUUCCGCCCGCCAACCCGCUCUCCUACAUACAGCACUACGCGACGGAGGCGGGAAGAAGCGGCCGCAGGGAGGGCCUGGGCUCGGCUGAGGCCACGGAGAUGGUCCUCAACAACUUGUUCUACAUCACUGCAAAGUUUUCCGACAACCACCCAAAAGAGAUCGAGGAGCUGUGGGCGACUUUGUGCGCGUGCUGGCCCAACAACCUGAAGGUCAUCAUCAGAUACCUGAUCAUAGUGUCUGGGAUGGCUCCCAACGAGUUACUGCCUUACGCUAAACGUGUAGUUCUGUACCUGGCCCGGUCGCGGCCCGAACGCCUUCUGGACGAGAUGAUGACUGAACUGCAGACCGUUGAGACCCUGAACUGUCUCAUAGAACGCACGGAGACGCCGCCUUUCUACAGGCUCACUUCCAUGAGGAAGGCCACGUCGGGACACAGCGACGGGCCAGGCACUGGCUCACAGGAUGCGACUGGGCGCACUGGUGAACUUGCGCCUGUAGAAAAGGGAACUAUUCACACAAAGAGACAUAGUGGCGAGGAUCCUACCAAAGCAAGCGUAAAACCACCUGAGACUCCAGGAUCCAGAGCCGCGUACAAGCGAGUGUCGGCUCCUUGUGGCACCCCGCCUGCUGAUGAGGAACCCACGCAACCAUCCGAAGGAGACGCCACGCCAACGGGCCUGGGGCCUGAAUCUACUACAACGCCUACCGGAGGCAGCGUCCCCACGACCCCGCAGGAGCCCCGCAUGGACGUGCCGCAGCCCAGGCCGCUACCGAUGCCCGAGUAUGGAGGGUUCUUCGCAAAGCUCACCGAGUACUUGCCUGACAGCAGCCAACCCAUAUCUGGCUUCCACAGAUGCAACGUAGCCGUGAUGCUCCUGUGUGACGUGGUGUUGGAGGGAGGGGAACUGGACUGGUCCAUACACGUGCCUCUCAUGCUGCACAUUGUUUUUCUCGGCAUGGACCAUACCAGAUGGAUAGUCCACCAACAUUGCCGUCAACUGCUUCUCAACUUGCUUGUAGCAGUGGCGGCCCACCAUGACCAUCUGACUGUAGCCAGAGUUUUACUCGCCAGCCGCUCGGCGCAGCUAGGCUUGGGGAUGGCGCCACCGUCGCUGCCACUAGUUCCUCACAACUUUACUGAACCCGACGCAGCAUUUGACAGCUUCCCCCAAUGCGGUCAUUCACCUCGCUCGCACGCUCGCUCGCUCAGCUCAGAUCCACAAGUUACACCAGAAGCCGAAGCCGACAACUACCCGUCUCUGCCAGUAAUCGUGACCGGCGAGGCGGAGGGCGAAGCGCCCGAGCCGGCACCUGAGGCCGAGCCGGCUGAUCUGCCCGUUGCGGACGUGAUCAAGUCUUUGGUCCACUUCUUAGCGAACAGACCGACGCAUAUGCCACUGUGGCAGUACGAGGAUAUCACUGCUAAAGUGUGGACCCUCCGCAGCUGCCAACAGAUGUCGACACUGCUGCGUCAUGUGUUGCGAGUGUUCCGGGAAUCGCUCCCGCACGCCCUGGUGUCUGAACGAUGGGCGCAGACCGCCUUGCAACUGGGGCUCUCGUGCCCUUCUAGACACUAUGCCGGGAGAUCUCUACAGGUGUUCAGAUUCAUAGGCGUCGCUAUGACCGGCCGUAUGGUGUCCGACAUUCUCUCACGUUUGGUCGAGACCGUCGCUGAACAAGGAGAAGAUAUGCAAGGCUACGUCACAGAACUGUUGCUAACUUUAGAAGCCGCAGUAGAUUCAUUAGAAUCUAACUUCAGACCGUUGGACUAUAUGCGAGACAUCUUCAAGUCUACACCCAAUUUGAAUAACAAAGAUGGCGGUACCCAGCCUAAUGGAGCUGCAUAUUCUGGUGGCAAACGAUCCCCGGGCGUGUGCGUGGGCUGUGUUACCAACCAUACGCGAAGUACCAGCUACUCUGUGUCUUACUGCAUGAGGAAGAGCAACGCUCCUCCUGCCUCCGCCGAAAAACAUCACGAGCGCCCGAGGCCCUGCAACGAAGCUGCGAAAGGCAUUUGUCCAAACCUGUGCCGGUCACGAUCGGCCCAAUCACUCAAACUAUUGGGAGAUACUGCCACACAGGACGAUAAGCUGACAAUCCUGGCGACCCUAUUCUGGGUGGGUGGCGCCCUCUUGGAGUCGGAUUACGAACACGAGUUCCUGCUGGGUGUACGGCUUCUGUCCCGGGUGAUGGCCAGACUUCCCCUGGAUAGGCCCGACGCCCGGGAUCGCCUCGAUAGGACCCAGGCACAUUCCGAGCCCUCUCUGCAUGCCUUGCUGCUCAAAGGCUGCACCCACCCGAACACAUACGAGCCCGUGGUGGGAGUUCUCGCGGACAUGAUCCCACUGUUGGAGCUGCCGGUCAUUGACCCCACCCAGUCUCUGGCGUUCCCCAUGACGGUGGUGGCGCUUCUGCCGUACAUGCUGCUCCACUAUGAAGACGCUAACGAGUUGUGCGUACGAGCCGCUUGCCAUAUAGCACAGUUCACCGCUGAAAAAAGCAAGAAAUUGGAAAAUCUAGGCACGGUGAUGACGCUGUACUCCCGUCGGACCUUUAGCAAGGAGAGUUUCCAGUGGACCAAGUGCGUGGUCAAGUACCUGUGGGACACAUACUCACAUCUCUCGCUUCAGAUGUUGGCUUUCCUCGUCGAAGUCUUGGAGAAGGGCUCUGUGAACCUUCAGCUGCCAGUGCUCUCCAUACUGCACUGCAUGCUGUACCACGUGGAACUGAACGCGCCGGCCGCGCAGCCGGUGAACGCGGAUUUAUUGCGGGCCGUCGCGAAGUUUAUUGACCAAGACGGCAACAACUACAAGGAGGCGAUGAAGAUUUUGAAGCUGGUGGUCACGCGGUGCUCCACCCUCGUGGUCCCUCCUUACUGGGACACCCACGCCUCCUCCAUAUUGGACACGGAAUUACAUGGCAAAAAGGAGCUGCCAGGCCGGACAAUGGACUUCACAUUCGACCUCUCCCAGACUCCGGUAAUUGGCCGCAAGUACUUGCCCAAGGCCGGCAGCCAGCCAGCCACGGGGCCAAGUUCGCUGUCCAACGCUUCUUCUACCACGCCCGAUAAAGGGUCGUCGACCUCGCAAUCGGGGUCGGCGUCUACGGUGUUGUGUCACGACAGCGGCGUCGUCCACACGAGCCAACCACAGAGCGCAGCAUCCCCGAGACGAUCUCUAUCCUUGUCUCCGGCAGAUGCACUGGCUUCGGGGUGGAAGCGACCUUGGAUGUCACAGAGCCGCGUGCGGGAGUGCCUGGUCAACUUACUGACCACGUGCGGGCAGAGGGUUGGACUUCCCAAAAGUCCAUCUGUGAUAUUUAGCCAGAGUUCAGAACUCUUGGAGAGAGAAUCAUCGAUGGCUUCAUCCCUUGAGGAGGUCUCGGGAACCCCCGGCAAUGAGCCCUCGGGCGGGGCUCCCCCCACAGACCACUUCGGGGUUUUUAAGGACUUCGACUUUCUCGAAUAUGAAAGCGAGAGCAUUGAGGGGGAAAGCUCGGACAACUUCAAUUGGGGCGUACGUCGCCGGCCGCUGAGCGAGGAGCGCGAGGACAUCGGCGCCCCCGAGCGCAGCCCCCCGCCACAGAUACCCCGCGCGCCAGAUACGCCACACCCGCAAAAAAUUUAUCGCGUAUCCUGGCAAACACAUGACGACUCCUCAGACGAGGAAGGCGGGUGGGAGGAGGGGGCAGGCGGCGGCCGCGGGGAAGGCGAUGCCGCCGCCUCCAACGAACAUGCGCUGCGCCCGCGCACACACUCGUUUUCUAGCGCUUCGAGUGGGGAACCUGAUGGUGACCGCGGUGACGUGACCCCGGUCCCAGGUUCGGCCCCGGCGUUACGCGAUUCAUGGCGCACCUCCGUCACGGCGCUCCUGCGACAUGCCGCCAACAUGCCGCCCAUCGCGCUCGUGCACCGUCUACACACCGUCCUCAAGGAGGUGACCUGCAAAACGGUCUCCCUUUGCGCGGAAGGAGCUUCCUCUGCCAUAGGGGGAGCGGUGGAACUGACCGCAGUAUUGGACCGACUCAGCGGAGAGGAGCCCCCCCUGCUGUGGGUGGGGGCGGCGGCGGCAGACUGCGCCCGCGUGCGCGACGCCGUUAGAUACGCCGCAUUGGAAAUCAACGAACAUUUAGAGACCUAUUUCGAUAGGCGGGAGCACGCCCUGGAGACAUUGGAGUGGCGCGGAGCUGAAGGCAGGAACGCGGCAGAAGAAACUGCCCGCUGCCUCUACAAGCUGAUCUUCCAGCUGCUCUUAUUGUUGGAGACCAACAACAAAAUGGCGGUCGCUGUCUAUCACGCAGCUCUUGAUAAUCGGGGCAAGGAAAUGAGCGUCACAGUGUGCAGCGUCCGAAGCGCCUUGCUCGCGAGCACUUCCGACUCGUGGCUGGAGACCUCGCCUGGACCCCACGAUGACAGCAGACUGCUGCAAUUGAUGCAGAGACAACGCUGGGGAGCUGCACUCGCACUCGUCCGAGAACGCAACGCCGAACGUAUACUGGAACGCGGUGAAUUGCCCGAGGACGACGUGACCAGUCUCUUACAUGUCUACUGUAAAGGGCUGGCCCAGGCAAACCCGGACAUGGUGGCUAUCACGCGCCCCGUCAACGAACUAUCACAGAAUCUGUCAUUCAUGAUGGAAAGUCUAUAUAAAGUCUCUAUGGUAUUGCAACGCCACGAUUACUGAUGCCAGGACCCCGCGGCCUUCAUGAGGUCGCGUCUACCCCGCCCCCCCACUCCCAACCUCAACCGCUACAAGUACAACCACCAAUACCGACCGCUCACACGCCGCAGAAAAGAGACUAUGAAAAAUAAACCGGAAAAUGAACCGCUAUUGCCCGCGGGACCUUAGUGUGUAUACGGCCUAUGAUUUUAUAGCAAAUUCUAGGUUUUUGUGAAUUAAAAAGUGGUAUUAAAAAUUGUGUUUCUUCAAGUUUUGUUAUUUAAUUCGAGCAUUUAAAUAAAGCUGUGUUAUAAAAAUCUUAAUUUGUAGUUGUAUUUUAGGAAGGGAUAUAUUGUAGUUUUUACUUAUUUAUCUGGAUAGCCAUUCGCCUUUUAUUGAGCCCGCGGACAGCAAGUGUAAUAUUAUAUAAUAUUAUAAUAAUAAGCAUUGUAACAUUUUACUGUUCGAAUGAAGAACGUGACUUGACAAUAUUAACAGUUAUUACUUAGAAAUUUGAAGUCACUUUGAUAGUCAUUUUCUGAAUGUUUAACAGAAAGUAUGGAAUUCCAAAUAACUAAUGUUAAUUCGAGUUUUAUGAAUAAAACUGUUGAUUGCUAUUAUCAACAAUAUAUUUUACAAUCCGAUAGUUAUAGUUAUUAUGCCUUGUUAAGGCAUACAAUAAUCACCUUUAUAAACAUUUCAAUGUUGUAUGUCAACACUAAGAAGAUUGAUAUUGUAAACACAUAUUUACAGCGCAAUAAACAUUCUAUCUAAUAAUAAUGAAUUCUAUGUAAUAAUAAUACUAUCUACUUCUGUUCUGGCUCUGUCUACUCGGGAUUAGGGGCAAAGACGUGAUAAUAUGUAUGUAUGUUAUAUGUAUACCAUCUACUUGGGCUAAAAUCAAAACAUAAUAAUAGGUCAAUGUCUAAAACACUAUAAACUAAUAAACGGGCAGGAGUUAGUAAGAAUUGUACGAAUAAGUUUAUGUAGUUAGCGUAGUUAAAACAAAUACUAAAAAAACGUACUGACCUUAGUUCUCAGAUAACUGAUCUCAGAUAGGUAUCAUUAAUGCUUUUGGGUGUCUUGAUCACACCGACGUUUUAUUAAAAAAUAUUUUUUCUUUAAUGUCUGACUGCGACAGCAGGUAUUUUUUUUUUAUUAGUAAUAUUAUUGAUCAAAAUUAGUGUGAAAUUAUUGUCGAGUGUAGUUUGUUGCACAUAGAGUUAUAUGGAGAUUUUUUAAUUACUAUUUUGCCUUUUGUUAUCUUCCAACAUUUUACUGUUUUAUGGCUCUGUCUGUACACCAAACUUAGAAAUUUUGAGUUAUUGCAGUUUUUUUUUUCAACAAUAUUUUAGAACUUCUCAGAGUCUGGGAAAAAUUGAUUAAGUUUGGCGAUUGGAUGAAGCCGUAAAACAUGGAAAUAUGAUUUUGUCUCUUUGAAAUAAGCCUCAGGACGGCAAGUGUCACAUUCAAAUGCUCAUAUUGACCGAUAUAAAAUCCAAAUAAUUAUGAAAUAAGGUAUUAUGUAUUAUUCUGGGUACCAAUAAUUGGACAAAUAAACAGCAGCAACAAGCAUUAAAGCUUAGGAUAAAUAUUUUGUUUUGAGAAAAUAAACUAAUUAAUAGAUAUAUUUUUUAUCAACUUGCUGUUUCUGCAUUAGACGGAAACAAGAAAAAGUUUGCAUAUCAAGAGUAUUAAUUAAAUAUACAAAAAGUUCAGCAACUGGACAAUUAAACAAUAGUUUGAACAAAGUUUUCUCGUGUUUACUCAGCUACCGUUUGUGAUAUUAUGUAUUUUGUAGUAGUAACGACAAUAUUUAUUAUUUAGCUUUAUUUUUGAUUUGUUAUUGCGUACCAUUGUUUACAUGAACUACCUAUGUUUUCUCACUGUAAUAUUUUUUACACACACAUACCUACCAAGUAUUUAACAGAAAGUGCGAAGUAAUGAUAAAAUGAAAAUCUUGCUCGAAUUACAAAUAUUAUAGAAAUAUAUCUUUUUAGAUAGCGCUACGUAUAAUAUUAUAAAACAUUAAAGACAUUGUUAAUGUCUACUGCGAAUAAAAAUAAUACAAUUACUGUAUUAAGUAAGCAUUCAUAGUAUUUCGUGCACCGUAAUAUUUAGUACAGUGCUACGCCCUGUCUGGCCGUAUUAAGGCGCCAUUUUGUCAGUCUUUGCCGUAGAGAGGCUUCAAAUGUAUAACGAUAAUGUUAAAAGGCUACAUUAAAACAAAUGUUAAUAACUGCGCUUUAACAUGACCAGAUUUAGUAGAAAGACUAAUGAGUAUAACCAGUUGUACAAUGUAUUUAACUAAAUAAACGAAUCACUAAAAAUA